ACUCCCAUGUUGUAUUACCUUGGAAUACUGCGCACCAUAAGGAUCUACAACUCAUCAUGAUUUUUACGCAAUGGAUUAACAUACCUGGAUAUUGACACCUAUAACCUGUCUGGCUUUAGAUUAUCUGGUUAUCAAACACUUCGAGAACUUUUUCAACUUUUGGACACAUUUUACGCACACUGAACACCAUGGCAAAUACCUGCGUACAGUUCACGGGUUUUGUGAUGAGCUUUCUCGGUUGGAUCGGUCUCAUCAUCGCCACUGCCACUAAUGAAUGGGUAGUCACUUGUAAAUAUAACAUGAACACCUGUAAGAAGAUGGAUGAACUGGAGGCCAAAGGUUUGUGGGCAGACUGUGUGAUCUCAACCGCGCUGUAUCACUGCAUCACACUCACGCAGAUUCUCGAGCUACCAGCAUACAUCCAGACGUCUAGAGCUCUAAUGGUCACAGCAUCGAUUCUCGGAUUGCCUGCUGUCGCGCUCGUCCUCAUGUCCAUGUCCUGUAUUAACCUCGGAAGUGAACCAGAAAGCGCGAAGAACAAACGUUCAGUGCUCGGAGGAACUAUAAUACUGCUGACUGCUUUUUGCGGUGUCGUCUCCACCGUGUGGUUUCCCAUCGGGGCUCAUCACGAGAGGGGCUUGAUGUCCUUUGGCUUCUCCCUGUAUUCGGGCUGGGUGGGCACCGCACUUUGUUUGCUGGGAGGCUGUAUGAUCACCUGCUGUUCAGUGGACAGCCCCGCUUCAUACACUGACAACAAUCGAUUCUACUACUCCAAACAGGGCCCCGCUCAUUCCGGCCCCGCCUCCACUAACCACGCCAAAAGUGCUCACGUGUGAGCUUCGGGAUUACUUCUCAGAUUCUACUCUGUAUUCUCUUUUUGUCUCUCCACUGUUUUUGUAUCUACAGUGGUGACUUUUGGAUAGUUAUCGUACAGCUGAACUCUGACCUUUUGACACGGCAGCAGGGUUAGUCACCCAGAUGUUACAUAACAAGGGACAUUCGCUGGUGAAGAACCUGCAAUGAAGGAUUCAGUGUUUAAAGGUGUCAGUGUCUUCUACUGAAGUCCUAUUUUUGUAGUGAGAAAUGUUUUUGCAUUUUUAUAUGAAUACUAACAGUAUUGCCAAUGUUGUUUUAUUCUAAAUCUUUCAGUGCAGUGUUUGUACAGCUGUAUUUUCAUUUUGAUUAAUUUCAGAAUAGCCACCCAAACCAAAUGACACCAAAAUUGGACCAAAGCAGUAAUUAUUUAGCAAUAUUAUUUAUUGUAAUACUUGUAUGCAGUUUUUAUUAUGUUUGUUGUAAUAAACAAAUGUGAAAAUGCC